UUUUUUUUUAGUGAAAUGGUAUCAAACUUCAUUGGACACAAUACGUGUUUGUACUUUGAUAAACACACAGACACGCACGCACGCACACGAUCCAAAUAUGAACGUGAAAAGUAUUAUAACAACUUAACGAAGAAGGAAGGUUCCUGUACUGACAUGGCUAACGAGGGUCUUGCUAAAAUAUGCGACGGGUAUUCAAAAGCGCAUGGUUCGUACAUAACUUGGGAUACAGAUGUGAAUUUAGAUCCGCCGAAAUCUUGGGGAAAACCGGCACCGGAAGAGGACAGUUAUCUACUGGACUACUACAACUCCUUACAGUACACGUUGUAUGAAACAGCACAUCCGGAAACUGUCGACCGAACAUCUGUGCCGAGAGGUCACUCGAACAAAGAACAAGUGAAUGUUGUUCUACUGUCGUCCCCUGUUGAAUGUAUUGGCGUUCUUUUGGAAGGUGGGAAACAAGUACCAGACGGUUUUCACUUGGUCAUGUCACCCUCGUGGUUGUCCAAGGUUCAGUCAGCAGACGAUCCAGCUUUGAGUUCACUGAUGAUGCACAAGUCAAUAUCAUUUCACGAGAAUGGUGCAUCGUAUAUUGACGAGUACGAUCCUCCGAGAAAAGUGACCUACUUCGUGAACUAUUUUACGGAUACAAUUACAAGUGGCCACCGCAGUGAUGGUGUCGACAUAGAGAAAAACCUUGACUCUCCCAUGAGCAGUUCAAUAAAACUUUGCGAACUUGUUGACGACAAAGUAUGGACGCGUGACGUCAUGGCGGAUGUUGGCAUGGAAAUACCGGAAACACUUGCAAUUCGAAGAGAACCGAUUAGGAAACUAUCGUCUGCAACAAAGAAAAUGGCAGUUUUGAGUUUUGAUUGUUAUAAUUGUCUAGACAUUAAAGACGUCGGCAAUGAAAUAUCUGCGUUUGCAAAGCGUCUCCAAAGUUUAAAUAUCAAAACGAUUGUAGUCAAGCCAUCAGGACCAAAGUACCUCGGGAGCGUAGGAAUAUCCUUUCACAGUGCGUCAAAUGUGACGUCAAUCAUUGAAGCCGCAGACGAUCUGUUACAGGAAAUAGAUGAAGGAAGUUCCGUGCUUAUAGAGGAGUUCAUAGAACCAAUCUCACCUCGAAAUACAGGUACACAUGGAGUACGACUUUGGUCUGCAAAUGACGAAUUAGGCUUCAGAGUACGUUCAACUAUCUGCAGGGAUCAUGAUGGCACCCCCGUUACAACGCUCAUAAACUGCUCCGUUGCAAACAAACGCUUGCCUAUAAAUGGUGACAACACUAUUUGCCAGUCACUUAACAGUACUUUAUUGGCGUACAACAUUUUGAGCGAGCAUGAAAGGAAGGAGUUAGAAAGAACCAUCAGAGUUCAAUCAGCUGACGUUCUAGAAAAGAUAAUUGAAAGAGAAAACCUGUUGAGUGAUGAGGAAAAAGGCGCCCUCAGGGGACAAACAGAUGUAAUCGGAAUCGAUAUGGUAGUUACAGAGAGAGCUGGAAAGUUAGUCCCCGUCGGAAUAGAAGUAAAUAGCCACGACUGUACCAUUAACACCCAGCUAUAUGACUUUAUGAUGAACCUUGGCGAGAGCAUGCUCGUCUCAAACAAAACAAAUUCGUGUCCACGACCUACUGAGAAGAAAAAUGAACCUGAACUUAUACCAUUGAUUUCUGACAUAUAUAUAGACGGUGACGGAAAGUCAAAUGAAAGAACUGAAGACCAUUUGAAAUCAAACCGGAAAGCAAAUCUCCUUGAAAGUAGGUAUUAUCAUGGGAACACAGUCGGUAAAAGUGUCCGUCCAUUGGUUCGCAAUAUGAUUGUACGUUCCCAACAAUACAUGGUAAGGGGCAAGCAGAUUAUUGUGAUUGGUGGAGGCGGCUACAGCAAACGAAACAUCUGGACAGACGCUGAGAAAUACGGCAUACAUAUAACUUUAGUCGAUUCGGAUGAAGAUCAUCUCGCAAAAGAUCUUGUUCAUCGUUUUGUACACUACGACUUCGAUGACCACAAGAAGGACUUUGCGCAUGCGUGUAAUAUCUAUAAUAUAUUACAAGCUAAAGAUAUACAGGUCGACGGUUGUCUGACAUUUUGGGAAGAUUGCGUACCUCUUGCAGCACUUGUGAAGGAAAUGGCCGGCACAAAAGGCUCUGAACACAAGGCGGCACUUACAGCAAAAAAGAAGAGCAGAACACAAAAUGUCCUCAAUAUGCGCAAAGCCGAUAUCCCUCAUUGGCCAAGAACCUACUUGUAUUCUUCACAAUCCGUUCAUAUAAAGUCUGAAGAUGACAGUGUUUUAGUCCCAAAAGACUUUAAGUUCCCAGCAAUUUUGAAGCUUGAGCACGGUUCCAGCGCCGUUGGUGUCUCUGUCGUUAAAAAUGAAGACGAAAUCCGGAAGAAGUAUCAGGACAUUUCCGAACUUUUCCGUGACGAAUCGGACUUUCCCGGAAUAGGACUCGGUCAUGAUAACACUAUGGUGGCGAUGGAGUACCACAAAGGCUCUGAACAUGAUGUCGAUGUGAUACUGUAUGACAGGAAGCUUGUUGGCGCGUUCAUCUCUGACAAUGGCCCGACGAGAUAUCCGUAUUUUACCGAAACAGCUGCGGUCAUGCCGUCGUGUUUACCGGCUGAUAAGCAAGCACAACUCAUUGCAGCGGCAUAUCAGUGCUGCACAGAGAUAGGGCUGUCGAGCGGAACAUUCAAUGUAGAACUUCUUAUGACUGGAACCGGACCAAAACUGAUCGAAAUCAACGCCAGAAUGGGGGGAUUUUACUUACGUGAAUGGAUCCGUGACAUUUACGGCGUCGACCUCGUUCUGUGCUCCCUUAUGAUAUCAUGUGGUUUAAAGCCAUAUAUUCCGAAACUUCCAGCCAACAAAUGUAUCAUGGGUAUCAUGCUUAUUCCUUCUGCGCAUGCGCACGUUUUACAGGAAGUGCAGUAUAAAACCCAACUGAACGAAAUGAUAGAAAAGAAUGAGAUAAAGUUCACGCAAUUUGGCGAACUUGGCGAGUCAACGUCAUCAGACUAUGAAGAACCUUUUGGAAACAUUGCUGUGGGCGCAGAAACUGCGGAGGAGGCAAAGGAGAAUCUAAUACGUAUCUGUAAUAAAUUAGAAGUAAUCAUGGACAAAUACCCAGUGCACACAUUUCUUAGAUACUUCUAGGAGUUGUACUUUAACUGGAUGAAUAUAAUCCGGUUCGCUUGACAAACAUUUCAGCAGUUUGAUUUCAUCAGUCAUCACACAAAAGCUUCAACGUAAACUUGUUGUAGAAACAGAUAACAAAACACUUGUCAUCAUAUGAAAUGACAUUUCAGAAAACAGUACGCCGCGAAUUAAAGACACCACGAAUAAGUGCUUUU